GCGGAGGCGAUGAGGCACGAUGGCGGACCGUCGGCGGGCUGCGGACUCUCUCCCCUGUCUCCUCCUGUCCCUGCUCGCCUCGCUGUCCGCGGCUGAGGAGCUGCGGUGGGACCCGAGCGGCUACGUGCUGUACUGCCCCUGCAUGGGUCGCUUUGGAAACCAGGCGGACCACUUCCUGGGCUCGCUGGCCUUCGCCAAGAUGCUGAACCGGACGCUGGCGGUGCCUCCCUGGAUCGUGUACCGCCACCACACGCCGCCGUACACCAAUGUUCACGUUCCCUACAGCGACUUCUUCAAGCUGGAGAGCCUGGCGGCGUUCCACCGCGUGGUGAGCCUGGAGGCCUUCAUGGAGCAGCUGGCGGACGAGCACUGGCCGCCGGGGCGGAGGAGCGCCUACUGCUUCGAGACGGCGGCGCUGCGCAGCCCGGACAGGAAGACCUGCCCCAUGAAGGACGGGAACCCCUUCGGGCCGUUCUGGGAUCACGUCGGGGUGGAGUUCGACCGCUCGGUGCUGUUCGGGGGGAUUUCCUUCAGCGCGUACCACCAGCCCCAGUGGAUGAAGAGGUUCCCCCCCUCCGAGCACCCGGUCCUGGCGCUGCCCGGAGCCCCCGCCCAGUUCCCGGUUCUGGAGGAGCACGUGGGCCUGCAGCGCUUCGUGGUGUGGUCCGACAGCAUGGCGGCGGAGGGGGAGCGGCUCAUCGCCGACCUGCUGACCAGACCCUACGUUGGAAUCCACCUGAGGAUCGGCGUGGACUGGCAAAACGCCUGCCGGCUGCUGGAGCGCGGCGAGACCGGCUCCCACUUCAUGGCCUCGCCGCAGUGCGUCGGCUACAACCGGCAGACGGCGCUGCCGCUCACCGCCGCCAUGUGUCUGCCCGACCUGACGGAGAUCCGCCGCGCCGUCCGGCUGUGGGUGAAGCAGACGGCGGCGCGCUCCGUCUACAUCGCCACGGACUCGGAGUCCCACAGCAGAGACAUCGAGGCGCUCUUCAAGGGCAAGGUGAAGGUGGUGAGCCUGCGGCCGGACUCGGCCCAGCUGGACCUCUACAUCCUGGGCCGAGCCGACCACUUCAUCGGGAACUGCGUCUCCUCCUUCUCCGCCUUCGUGAAGCGAGAGCGGGACGUCCACGGCCUCCCGUCCUCCUUCUUCGGCAUGGACCAUCCCGGGAAACGGACUCACCUGGAGCUCUGAAGCUCCUGCCUGAGGAUCUGCGUUUCCUCUCGUUCUUCCUGAGGAAGUGAUCAGGAGAGCAGAGCUCUCACCUCCAGCUGAAACCCGGUGAAUUCUGGGACUGCCGUGUUGUUUCUCUGAGAAUGUGAAGACGUUGGGAGAGUUUGGGUUUGCACUAGUGGAUGUGAUGAGCCGAGAACAGGAGCUCGGUGCUUCAUCGGGACUCGCGGGUCUGUUUUCCAGCAGCCUGGAGGAGGAGAGGAUCCUGUGACCUUCAGAGGAUUCAUCUCAUUUGUGACCUUUUAGAACGAAGUCAGAUUUAUUCUUACAUGCAGGGUGAAGUCAAAACUUUACCAAACCCACAUUUUGAACAUUCCGUUGUGUAGUUACUGCUUGAAGGCUGUUUUGAAGUAUUUUCUACUGUAUUUCUCAUCAAUAAAGUGAUA